CCUUCAACACCACCUCCACCAGCAGCAGCAGCACCACCAGCAGCACAUGGUUAAUGGAAAUUUCCACUCCUGUUAAAUGCAAGAAAGCUGCUGCUUAUGUUAGUCCGCUUCCUCCAGCUCUCCAGCACACGGUCAGAGAAGGAAUUUCUUGUAACUUACAAACAUCCAGGCAGAGUUAAGGAAGAAGGACUUGGUGCCAUCUCUCUGUGAAGUCUCCACCCUGAAAAUCCCAAAAAGCCAAAUUUUCACCACGUCUCGCCCUGCCUUGUCCCCCAAGAUGCCAAAGGUUCGUGAAUUAAUGGAGCUUCAAAGGGUCCCCACGGAGGAUGAUGAUGACAGCACCGCCAGCCUGAACGGCCACUUCAGAGAUCCCAUGGACUCGGAAAAGGGAACCCUGAACAGGUCAAGAAACCAUUUUGUGGACGAUAAUGAAGACGGAGAAGACCACCAGUUCCUGUCGAAUGGUUUACCAAUGAAGAAGAAAUAUGAGGAAGAAGAUUUUCCUGGCCAUGCUUCCUUUGGCAUGUCUGUCUUUAAUCUGAGCAAUGCCAUUAUGGGCAGUGGGAUUCUGGGCCUGUCCUUCGCCAUGGCAAACACUGGCAUCGUUCUCUUUACAAUCCUCCUGAUUGCUGUGGCCAUCCUAUCUUUAUACUCUGUACACCUGCUCCUGCUGACGUCUAAAGAGGGAGGAUCCCUGAUAUAUGAGACGCUGGGAGAGCGAGCCUUCGGUUGGCCAGGAAAAAUGGCCGCCUUUAUUUCGAUAAUCAUGCAAAACAUUGGAGCCAUGUCCAGCUACCUCUUUAUUGUGAAGUAUGAGCUUCCAGAAGUCAUCAGAACCUUCAUGCACUUAGAAGAGAACUCUGGGGAAUGGUACCUGAAUGGCAACUACCUGGUGGUCUUUGUGUCGGUCGGAGUCAUUCUGCCGUUAUCUCUCCUCAAAAACCUGGGUUACCUGGGCUACACCAGUGGAUUUUCCUUGUCCUGCAUGGUCUUUUUCCUGGCUGCAGUGAUCUACAAGAAAUCCCAGCUCCCCUGCCCUCUUCCCUUCUUUUACGGCCAUUCGGCUAACCUCAGCAUGAACUCCUCGGACAUGUCGGGUCUGUACACACUGCCGAGCAACACCACUCAGAUGGACUUUUCGCGGGCCGACGUUUCCUCGACUGUCCUCAGCGGACACAAUGUUCAUCAAACCGCAGGGGUCCACUAUCAGCCCCACCCGAGCGACGAGGAGAUGUGCACCCCCAAGUACUUUGUCUUUAACUCCCAGACGGCCUACACCAUACCCAUCCUGGCGUUUGCAUUCGUCUGCCAUCCAGAGGUGCUGCCGAUCUACAGCGAGCUGAAAGAUCGCAGCCGUAGAAAAAUGCAGAAUGUGUCCAACCUGUCCAUCUUGGCCAUGCUCAUCAUGUAUAUGUUAUCUGCGCUCUUCGGCUACCUCACGUUUUACGAUAACGUGGAGGCGGAGUUAUUGCACACCUUCACCAAAGUGUACAAGUUUGACACCUUGCUGCUGCUGGUGCGUUUGGCUGUCCUCACCGCCGUCACCUUGACUGUCCCCAUCGUGCUGUUUCCUAUCCGCUCCUCCAUCACCACGCUGCUCUUCAGCGGUCGAGACUUCAGCUGGGCUCGCCACAUGCUGAUCGCCGCCGCCAUCCUGGCCUUCAACAACAUGCUGGUUAUCUUCGUCCCCACCAUCAGGGACAUCUUCGGCUUCAUCGGUGGUACCGCAGCAACAAAUCUCAUUUUCAUCCUCCCCGCCGCCUUUUACAUCCGCCUGGUGAAGUCAAAGCCGAUGAACUCCUGGCAGAAGAUCAUGGCGAUGAUCUUCCUGAUUAUGGGAGUUAUUUUCAUGUUCGGAAGCUUGACRCUCAUCACCCUCGACUGGAUCCACAACCCACCGGGCCACGGCCAUUAAAACCCUCCUCCUCUUCCUCUGGAUUCAUGCCGAAGAGUCGACCCUUUCCCCACCACAUGACAUGACUUCUGGUUUGCUUCAUUUCAUUUUAAUAUUCCUCACAUAUCACCAACAUUUUGGAACGUGACAAGUUCUGACGUUUAUCCUGGAACAUCACRCCUGAAAUCCUCCUCAUGAUGAUGAUGUUUUCCACACAAAGCGCAGCCCUCACCUGAGGCGAGACUGGGAACUAUGAGUGGACUCUUGGGCCUGAAAGUAUGAUGUCAUUCUCCAUCUCUCUUCUGGAAUUAAGAGACAUUUAGAGAUGAAGUUUGUCCUCAUUCGUGAAAAAAAGAAGCACUUCUAGCAAUAUAUAUUUUUACACUUUAUGUGGAGAUGAAACAAACACCCCCACAGGCAGAAAUAUACACACAUAUCAGCACAUUUUUAAAGCGAAUUUACACUAAAAAGCUCCUGUUAAUUAGUAAAAUUGCUUGAAAACAAUCUAAAAUUUGCCAAAGUCGACACAAACCGUUCAUCAUUGAAUCAGUGCUAGAGCUUCUCAGCUGCACGCUCUCCAGGAUCAUCUUCGCCGUCUGUUUGCACAAGAAGCAGCGAGGGGCUUUCAGUAUUACUGUUAUCUAAAUGCGUAGAAGAAUGUACCUGACCAAGUGUAUUUACUGCUAAAAGUGGCACAGUGCAUAAAACCUUGGCCUUUCAAGACUGUUGUUCAGGUCGUGUGAAGUAAACGGUCAUUUUUAGCAGGGCGUAUGCUGGAAUCAUACACGAGGCAUUUAUUAUAAAAACUGUUUAAAUAGUUCUCUUUUAAAAGUCUGAUUGGAGUAUUUAGAAGUGAUUGUAAAGGUCACCAGAAGAAGCAAACUUGAAAUGGUAGAUGCUGAUAUUUUUUAUCUGUAGUAGAUUUUUUUUAAUAUGUGCCAUUUCGUUUUUCUCACUUCUGGUCUCAAAGAAAUAUUAAGGUCUUAAAUUUUAGCCCACCUGAUGUGUUUUUUUUAUUUGAACAAUUCAGUUUGGAAACGUAGAAGAGUAGAAAGAAAUCUCUGUCUAAAUUCUAGAAAUGAAUGCUACAAUUGUAGUCAAUGUUACACAUGAUGUUUAAGCAAAAUGUGAAGCUAAUGCAACAAUUUAAGCUAAUGCUAUAAAUGAAGACAAGGGACAAUACUGAUAAAAUAUUUCUUCUGUUCAUCUCAGAUAUUGGUACUUGGAUCUAAUGUUGUGUUACUGUUGCAAGUCAAAAAACAUUUUAAGUAAAAAAGACAAAGUUGGCUAACUGUUAAGCUCAGUAACCAGGCUAACUAUUCGUAGCAAGCCAAUAACAAUGUAACUGUACUGGAGAACGUUCCUGCUGAAAAUAGUAGCACAGUACUUUUUGUGUGUUUGAUUUAAUGACAGUCAAACUGACAGAAGUGAAAAUAAAAAUGUUAUUACAGCAAAUAUCA